AUGACAGAGGAGAGUGGAGUGCAGCUGAUGAGCAAAUUAAUGCAUGACAGAGGAGAGUGGAGUGCAGCUGAUCGGUCGACGAAGAAAGCAAAAUUCAGGAAUGUUGAACAACCUGACAGUCCUGUUGGGAUUAUGUCUUUCAGAGACAAAGUUUUGCAAGCGGAUAAAGCACGCGAGGAUUAUGUAGCUGGGAAUUUAGAAGAAUUCGAACUAUAUGAUGAUGAUGUGAGUAUUGUGAAAGAUGGAAUCCUGCCUGCUAUUGAUUUCUCUCCUAGAGUUCGUGAUGAACUGGCUAAGCCAUGGCGUACUACAGUUGUUGUCAAACUCUUGGGUCGUCCUAUUGGAUAUAAAAACCUGUGUAACAGGCUUGAUGUUUUGUGGAAUUUUACACAGGGUUUUGAUAUUAUAGAUCUUGAGAAUGAUUUCUUUCUAGUCAAAUUCCGUAGUGGUGGUGAUGUGGAAGCAGUGAUCACCGGAGGUCCCUGGGUUAUACUGGGACAUUACCUAUCUGUUCAAUCGUGGAAACCUAGCUUUGAUUGUUUUGAUGCGAAUAUUCAAUCCAUUGUUGCCUGGAUUAGACUCCCUGGUAUGUCCAUUCAGUACUAUAACAAGAAAGUUCUUCGUUUCAUUGGGCAAAUGGUAGGGAAGGUCAUAAGGAUUGAUUACUGCACUGAAUCUGCGGAACGGGGAAAGUUUGCACGCAUUGCUGUUGAGAUUGACCUAAUGAAACCUUUGGUUUCCCAUUUCAGCCUGGAUGGUAGGGUUCAAAGUGUUGAAUAUGAGUGUCUCCCUAGAAUUUGCUUCUCAUGUGGUAAAUUUGGCCAUACUAAAGAGCAUUGCCCAGAAACUAUUACUCCGGUGGCAGCUAAAGAGAUCAUCAGUGAGAAGACGGAUGUUCCCAUACCUGAUCGGGAUCCGGUCUCGUCUGACCCGGUGGCUAACCCGAAGUACGGCCCGUGGAUGAUAGUGGGUCGAAGAGGGAAGCCAAGAUUUGAUAGCAACAAAUCUAAUCACAACAAUCCUGGCAAAUCAGUUAGCGAGAAAGAAUCUAGUGGAUCUAGAUUUCAAAGUUUGGAAAAUGAAGUGAUUGAGGUGAUUGAGCAACUGCCAAAUAAAGCUAAUAUUUCUGUUUUGAAAGAUAUUACCAAUUUGAAGACUGUGGCGGGUCAUGGAAAUUCUUCACCCAGGGUUCCUAUCAAAUCCCAUGCAGCUAAUGUCAAUAUUAACCCUAAUGGAUCAGUGAUGGCUAGCUCCAAACAGGCCCAAGUCCCAAAGCCCACCAUGCCAGCUAGGUCUGAAAAUACAAGAUUCAUAAUUAAUAAGGCCCCCACUAACUUGGACCCUAAACAUCAUUCUGUUGUCUCUGUUACUUUUAAUCAUCCCUCAAGCUCCUCCAACCAUAAUCCUCAAACUGAAACAGUGGAGUUAGAAGGAAUGGACAUGGAAUCAGAGUACUUGGAACCUGCGCCACCAGAUAUAGCAGACCUGAAUGGGAAUAUUAAGCCUAAUAUGAAACUUUGUGAUUUAAAUGGUAAUAGCUCUAUGGAGGCUUCGUUUGUGGAUCUUUGUCCUAAUGGAAAUGAGGAGAACAUGGAGGAUGUUUCUCAUGUUUAG